AUGUCGGCCGACCCCCAGCGCCUUGCGGCGGCGGUGGAGGCCGCGAUCGCGUCGCGCUGCCCGUUGCUCGGCCGUGCCGCGCACGCGCGCGCGCUCAGGGUGCUCUCGCCGAGCAUCCCACCCUUCAUCUACGCGCACCUCGUCAACCUCUACUCCAAGCUCGACCUCCCCGCGGCCGCCGCCUCCGCGCUCGCCUCCGACCCCAACCCCACCGUCGUGUCAUUCACGGCCUUCAUCUCCGGCGCCGCGCAGCACGCGCGCCCGCUCCCCGCACUCUCUGCCUUCGCCGCCAUGCUCCGCCUCGGCCUCCGCCCCAACGACUUCACCUUCCCCUCCGCGUUCAAGGCCGCCGCCUCCGCACCCCCUCGCUCCGCCGUCGGCCCGCAGAUACACGCGCUCGCCAUCAGGUUCGGCUACCUCCCCGCCGAUGCCUUCGUCUCAUGCGCCGCGCUGGAUAUGUACUUCAAGACCGGCCGCCUCGGCCUGGCUCGCCGCCUGUUCGAGGAAAUGCCCAACAGAAACGUGGUAGCCUGGAACGCAGUGAUGACCAACGCCGUGCUCGACGGCCGGCCCCUCGAGACGGUCCAGGCUUACUUCGGGCUCCGAGAGGCUGGCGGGAUGCCGAAUGUCGUCUCCGUCUGUGCGUUCUUCAACGCGUGUGCCGGGGCGAUGCUCCUGUUGCCUGGGGCCCAGUUCCAUGGGUUCGUUGUGAAGUGCGGUUUUGACAUGGAUGUCUCGGUGUCCAAUGCGAUGGUUGAUUUCUAUGGAAAGUGCCGAUGCGCGGAGAAGGCAAAGAUGGUGUUUGAUGCGAUGAGGGUCAGGAACAGUGUAUCAUGGUGUUCCAUGGUUGUUGCAUAUGCACAGAACGGGGCAGAGGAGGAUGCUUUUGCUGUGUACCUGGGCGCGAGGAGUGCUGGGGAAGAGCCGACUGACUUCAUGGUCUCCAGCGUGCUCACUACAUGCGCAGGCCUGCUAGGCCUUGACCUUGGGCGUGCUCUGCAUGCCGUUGCUGUUCGCUCUUGCAUCGAUGCAAACAUCUUUGUUGCAAGUGCUCUGGUUGACAUGUAUGGGAAGUGCGGAGGCAUUGAAGAUGCUCAACAUGUCUUUUUCGAUAUGCCACAGCGGAACCUUGUCACAUGGAAUGCGAUGAUUGGAGGGCAUGCUAACAUCGGUGAUGCUAUAAACGCACUUGCGGUGUUCAGUGAUAUGAUAGCGAGUGGAGAGACAGCACCUAACUACAUCACACUUGUAAAUGUGAUCACAGCCUGCAGUAGAGGAGGUUUGACCAAGGAAGGCUAUGAGCUGUUUGAGACAAUGAAGGAGAGGUUUGGGAUAGAACCACGGACUGAGCACUAUGCUUGCGUGGUUGACUUGCUUGCGCGUGCAGGAAUGGAAGAGCGAGCUUAUGAGAUUAUACAGAGGAUGCCAAUGAGACCUUCCAUUUCUCUCUGGGGAGCACUACUUGGGGCAUGCAAGAUGCAUGGGAAGACAGAGCUGGGAAGGAUUGCAGCUGAGAAGUUGUUUGAACUUGACCCUCAGGACUCUGGCAAUCACGUGCUACUCUCGAACAUGCUUGCAUCAGCUGGCCGGUGGGCAGAAGCAACUUAUGUAAGGAAGGAGAUGAAAGACGUCGGAAUCAAGAAAGACCCAGGGUGUAGCUGGAUCACUUGGAAAAAUGGUGUGCAUGUUUUCCAUGCCAAGGACACCAAACAUGAGAUGAAUAGCGAGAUUCGGGCAUUACUGGCCAGGCUUAAAAAACAAAUGCUAGCUUCUGGGUACAUGCCAGACACACAAUAUUCACUUUAUGAUCUUGAGGAAGAAGAGAAAGAAUCAGAAGUGUUUCAACAUAGUGAGAAGCUUGCCCUGGCCUAUGGACUCAUUCACAUUCCGCCUGGUGUACCUAUAAGGAUCACAAAGAACUUGAGAAUAUGUGUGGAUUGUCACCGAGCUUUCAAGUUUAUAUCUGGUAUUGUUGAUAGGGAGAUAAUUGUGAGGGACAAUAAUAGGUUUCAUCACUUCAAACAAUAUGAGUGUUCAUGCAAGGAUUACUGGUGAAAACUGUCCAUGUGGUGCAGAAAAGGAGGAAGAAACAGUGGAGAAGAUCAAGAGCUGGGUGAGGACGGCCACGAACAACCUCAUCGGCUCCAUCAUCUCUGCCGACACCAACCUCGACCUCAUGCUUGCCCACGCGGUCUAUUUCAAGGCCAAGUGGUGUGGUGCAGUACAUUCGAAACACAUCGCAUGAGGCUGGGCACAUUCACUGGCUGGACGGCAGCAGUGUUUGAUGCACCGUUCAUGUCGAAGCCCAUGUACAGCGCGCACUAUGACUCGUCCGUGAACGGGUUCAAGGUCCUCAAGACUGACUCAGAUGACAGACCCAUGUUCUCAUACCAGCACAGCCAAGGCGCCCGAGGCUUCAUCUGAUGCGGAGUACUCGGUGUACCUCUUCCUACCGGAUGAGAGCCACAGGAUCGCCAACAUGGUGGAUGCGAUCACCGCAGCACUGGAGUACCUGUACAGCAUCAUACCCAAGACAGGACAGGCAGCUGCCGGUGGCAUGAUUGGGCUGCCCAAAUUCAAGAUAAACUUAAACUGAGACCUCCAUCUGCUGGGACUCACGCUGCCGUUCUCACCAAAUUCAGGCAACCUGCUGAGCAUGUGCCAAAGUGCAAGGACUACGACAGGCGGCCGACGUUCCUGAAAAAGAGUGUGCACGAAGCAGUCGUCGUCUCGAUGUGGAUGAAGAAGGGACUGAGGCAGCUGCAAUCAUAACUGGGAUCGGACAUUGUGCUGGGAAGCCCGAGUUCGUCUCACCAUCCCUUCACUUUCUUCAUGAUGGAGGGGAGGAUGAUUGUGUUUGCCGGUCAUGUCCUUGAACCCACCAAGUGGUUCGGAUCCGAAUUUUAGAAACUUCAGGCAUGUGCUAUCUGCUUCUUUUACUUUUGCAUCUGAGCAAAACCAGAAUGCAAACAUUUCAGUUUUAUGUAUUUUUUACAAUCAACCGUGGGAUGUGCUACUUCAGAAUUUUGAUGAAAA